ACCAGAGUGGUUGAUUCCACUCAAUAAUUUACGGUUUCAAUUCUUUACGAAUUUGAUGAUUUAGUUAUGUAAAUCGAGUUUCAAUUAACAACUGUGUUAACGAGUCCAAUUAAAGUAAAACUAAUGUAAUCCAACUCGUUAUUCUUGUGAAUAUAUGACAUUUAGAUUUGCCAAGAGAUUCUAUAAAACCAUUCACAAAUUAUUGAUAAAAUGUGGGUUAGUUAAGUUUUAAUUCGAGAAUUGCUUCAAUUAAUUGUGAAUAAGUGGGGCAACAACCUCAAAAUGUUGAAGCACCCGAUCUUUGCAUUGUGUAUGUGGAAUAUUUUCAUUUAUUUACCAAUUUUGGCCAAUGAAAAUACCAUCUUUCUGUAUAAUAACAUUGAAAACUGUAAAUCAUCGGAAUAUUACGAUGUAAAUUAUUUCAUGUGCCGUGAAUGUGAUCCACAGUUGAGCCUGGUGCCAUCGAAAAAUGGUUUGAAUUGUGUGUGCAAUCAAAAGUCCAUCACAAAAGUUGAGUACGAUACAAAUUUGAGGCAGCCAAUUUGUUCUGCACUCAAUUGUACGAAUGCCAUCGAUUGCAAUAUUCAAUUCUUCUCGCCGUUGUUGCGAACAUCAUUGUCAUGCGGCUUGGGGCAUUUGAUCGAAGUAAUAUCGACAUCACCGCCAUCCAAAUCAAUACAAAUACAACGAAUUCCCGCAAAGAGCGUCGAUAAGAAUCAAACAACCAACUUUACAUGUCCUGCGUAUGGAAAUGGCGAACAGUCACCGGCAUUGGAUUGUAUAGAUACCAAAAACUAUGUUCGAUUCAAAGAUUAUUGCAUUCCGAAUUAUUUGAUGAAGGAUUUUUUGAAUUACAAACAAUUUAAAAUUGGCACAAAUCAAGCGACAACAACGAUUGCCAAUGAUCUUUUUCAACAUUUGGAAUUUCUCGUAUUUUUAUGUCAAACGAUGAAAAUGAUCGAUUAUUGUGAACACGUUGCGAAUUUAUGUGUGUUAACCGUUUAUAAUUUGGACAAAUUUUCACCGUGUAACAUAUUUUACACAAUGCAAACAGCACUCAUCAGCACCGGAACCGAUUCGUUUCAAACGAAAUUAGUUCCGUUUCUAUUUUAUGCAAAGGGACGCAGCAAUUCGGAAGAUUUGGAUAAAGUUAUCGAUUACCGAUAUAGAUAUAUGAGAGAUAUUGACGACGCAUAUGACACGGAUUUAUAUGAUGGAUUUAGUCAAUUUCCGGCAUCGAAUCGAAUUUCUUUGUUGCUGGUGGCUCAUAGUCUAAACGGAGAAUUACAAACAAUUCAACCACUUAAAUUAGACGAUUUGAAUUUGUGUGGCAUGCAUCAGCAACAAGUACACUUUGGACAAAAUUUGGCCAGCGCAUGCCAAAUUGACCUACGAGCUCUCAUUGAAAUUGGGGAACGGAAACAAUCGUUUUUAAAUUUGUUCUUAAAUUAUACGGAAAACAAUUUAAAUUUGGUGAAAUCUGUUCCAAUUCUGAUUCGUAAUGCGUUCACAUACAAUAUGAGUCCAUAUGAACGUGAUAAAUGGCAAUUUGUGAAGCGAUUUUUCAUGAUCGACACAUUUACUGGCCGAAAUCGUACGUAUCGAUCUCAUCCGUAUGCAGCCGAAAAUAUUUUUGAAAAAUACACAAGCAUUCGAUAUGUGAAAAAGGUCGAAUUACUCUUUCAACUGAAUGAACACCACUACUAUUUUGGCAAUAAGAUAUCGGUUCCUCAGUUGAUAGUCGAAUAUGCAUCCAUUGAUAUGCGUGAAUUUCGAUAUGCAAAUAAUUUGGAUAUGGAUUUCGAAUUUCGUGUUACAUUUACAAAAGAGUUUGGUAUUGGCAUUUUUUUGCACAUCCUAUUUACGAUUGCUAUGGCGGCUGCAUUUGGAAUGGCCAUUUUUCAAACGAUGUCCUUCAAACGCCGCAAACAACAAAAUGACUUUGAUUCAUUCCUUUUGGUGAAAUUCAUAAUUCAUUGUUGCUCAGCGGUGGGAACGGUGUUGUUUUUAAGUGCGUCAUUUUUAAGCAUAUACAUCUAUUUUAUCUACAAAACACAAUAUGUUGUGAAAGUGUUACCUCCAUUCGGUGAAUUGAAAAUGAUAAAAUUCUUCUUCAUUUUGUCGUUCAUUUUGAAGAUCGUUAAAUUCUGCCAUCAUUUGGGCUUGCAAAUAAAUUGCGAUAUAUUUUUCAUCGAUUGGGAACGACCACGAGUAUUUGAACAUCAAAUUACAUUGAAAUCCACAAAUAACUUGGACACACCGUCCAUUUGUUCGAGUGCUCGAUAUCAACAGAAUGAUGGACUGUCUGCAUGGAGAACGUAUUUUGUUGCAAAUGAAUGGCUGAAACUAUCAACAAAGCGCAAAUGUUCAAUUGGCAUUCAAAUUUUGAUGGUUUUACUCACAAUCAUCGUGUUUCGCUUUGAUUGGGCCCAUCUGUUUUCAUUCAAAUCGAUUUUCCAUUGGCCAUGGACACCAGACGCCGAUCGGAUCAUUCGAAAUGGACGUUCACUGGAAAUGCUUGCAAUUGGUUUGAUUGUAUACUGUGUUUGCUAUGCAAUUCAACGCGUUUUCAAUUUUCUCAUAUAUGAACGAUACAUACUCAAUUCUAUUCAACAAUUUAUCGACAUUUGCUCCAUGUCAAACAUAUCAAUGUUCAUUUUUUUCAUUGACUCAUACGGCUACUAUAUCCACGGAAGAUCGCCACACGGCUUUGCUGACACUGAUAUGUGUUCAAUGCUGCAACAACUGCGACGCGAGAGCGAAAAUAUGUGCGGCCAUAGAGGCUUAUUGCCAAAUUCAGAACACCAAACUUUCUGCUUUUUAGCUCCAUCACAAUUGAGAGCUCUUUACAACAAAUUGAAAUCAACGCUGAGGAAAUCAACGGAAGACAAAAAUGGGCCACAAAACUAUCAACAAAAUCAGAAUCAGCCCGAUGAAACGGUUGGAAAGUUCUUUGAACAAAAUCUCCAACAAAUUGCUCAUACAAACACAACGAUCAAUCGCUUUCUUAGUGCAUUUAUUGAUCAUGGACUGAAAGAUUUGGACUAUAUAAUACAAGAAAAAUCAAUUGUGGAAUAUAUUUUUGACUUUGAAUUUGAUAGCAAUGUCACUGAAAAUCGCGGAACAUUUUAUAUGGACAAUGGUCAUUCAUUUGAUAGUAUUUUAUUUUAUGGCAACGAGCAGCUUUUAUUCCAAAUCGAAAUUUUGCUAUUCCUCUUCAUGAUUAUAAUAUGUGGAAAUUUCUUGUUUGCAAUUUUAAUUCUGGGAAUUUGUUCAGAGAUAUUAAAACAUACAAUGCGAUUGCUUGUAAAAAGAAAUUUGUCCGAUCAAACAUUGAUCGAUGAACGAUUUUUAAUAUAAUUUUAAUUCGUG